AUGCCAACCAUCCUCAUCACCGGUGCCUCAGGCAGAACCUCCGGGUUCGUCAUCCGCGCGCUCCUCCAAGCGACCAACUACGUGCAGCCGUCCGACCUGCGCCUCUUCGUGCGCUCCCACGAGUCCGCGAAACGCCUCCAGGAGCGCUUCCCGCAGCUCGCGGACGCGGUGUACACCGUCGGGGACCUCCUUGAGGCGCACACGCUCCCGCCCGCGCUCGCGGGCGUCGACACCGUGUUCCACAACGGGCCCGCGUUCCACGCGCUCGAGUCUGCGAUGGGCAUCGCGCUCAUCGACGCGGCCGCGCAGGCGGGCGUAAGGCACUUUGUGUACUGCAGUGUGCUGUUCCCUGUGAUCUCGAAGAUGCUGAACCAUAAGGCGAAGCUCGCCGUCGAGGAACACCUUGUCGAGUCCGGGCUGAGCUACACCAUCCUGCAGCCGUCAUCGUUCAUGCAGAACAUCGACCUACAGCAGGUCAUGUCCACCGGCACGAUCAAAGCGCUCUACUCCCCCACGACCCUGCAGGGCUACCUCGACCUCGACGACCUUGCGCGCGUAGCACGUCUGGCGAUCCUCGAUCCAGAGGCGCACGGGCGCGCGCGCUACGAGCUCGUCGGCGAGAACUGCACAUACGAGGAUGUCGCAAAGGAGAUCGAGAAGCAGACGGGCAGGGAGAUCCGUAUAGAGCGCAUUCCGCGCGAGGAGGUCGCGCGGCGGGGCGGGACGCACAUCAGCGCUAGCCUGGAGAACGCGUAUGCUGUUGAGGGGCUGGACAGGAUGUUAUACUAUUAUGACAAGAGGGGCAUCCCAGGGAACUCCAACACGGUCAAGUGGAUCCUGGACAGGAAGCCGACGUCCUGGGCGGAUCGUAUUCGUCGCGACCUCAAAGAUAUUCAGUCUUGA